GCGUUGCUCCCAGGGUUAUUAUUUGUCUCGAAAUUGUUUGUUUACUGAUUUUUUGGACACUGUCCGUGUUGUGUGCUUGUACGCAUGGACCAAUCGAUUAAACUGAAUCAGUGUUUUUCUCCAUUAUCAAUCCAAAACAAGUCAACUAAUGGGAUUCGAACAAAAGCAAACCAUGUAGUAGAUUGUGACUAUUGUCGCUUACCUCCAAUCACUCAAAAACACAGUAAUUCUAAUAUUGCUUCAUUAAAUUCUGCCAAAGAACCAUGUUCAAUGAGGCAUUCUUUUUAUGUACCUGAAAAUCAACAAACUAUUGUUGAAUCAUUUUGUCGACAAAUAACCUCAUCCGUAAUUCCUUCUUCAGAUCCUAUUUUAUCCUAUUGUAGACCGACAGAUUUACAAUUGACGUCAAAUAAUAAUUAUGUUGUAUCAAUGUCAUCAAUUUUCCAGCCGUUACCUUUUUUACUACAAUCAACCUCGUCUUCAGUAGUAUCAGUUUCAUCACCACAAAUCUUAUUAUCUAGUUUGUCAUCUUUCCAUAAUCCAUAUAAUGUACCAUCGUCUGUUACUGCACCCAUGUCACUUUCUAAUCAUCCCUGUCCUUCAUACUGUUCUUUCUCAUCACAUAGUUUAAAACCUAUCCCAAGCGUUAAACCUUAUUUAUCUUCUAAUCAUACAUACUUAGAAUCAUCCAGGAUUAUGUUGGAUAGUGUUAACAGUAAAUCAUUUAAUAAGACGACUACAUUCAAUGUUCCUAGUAUAACAAUAACGACUGCGACUGUAAAUACUACUGCUACAAUUACAAAUACAACAAAAGAUUGUGCUUAUCAUCAAUCCAGACAAUUAUAUCCACCUGUAUUACAUCAUACGUCUGAUGAUAGUUUAUAUAAUAAAGACAGUAAAUUCACCUUUAUAUAUCCACCUACUUCCAAUUUCUCCUCUCCUAGAACUUCUACCAUUAAUGAAAAUGUCGAUGAUAAUAAUAACUUUUCAAUUAAUUCAACUGCUGAACAAUUCCCUACAUCCAAUUUGAAUGUGCCCCAGACUUGCCUACUGCCAUCAUCAUCAUCAUCACCACUGCAAUCAUCAUUGAUUUGCAGAAAUUCACAAGCAUCUACUAUAUCUUUGGAUCAACUACAUAAUGAUAAUCUAAAUGAUAAUUUAUCGAAUAGCUUCAAAAAUGAUAUAUUAAUUGCUGAUAUUAGUACUAGUAGUAGUGGUACUAGUUGCAACAGUAAAAUCAAUAAUGAUAUGAAUAUUGACAAAAAAUUAUCUUGCCUUACUACUUCAAAUUCAUCUACAUCGAAUACUUCGGAAAGUUUAAAUACUGAUGAAAAAUGUAACAGUCUUCCACGUUUCAACUUGCGCUAUACUAAUGUACUUCAAUAUCCGAAAUAUUCUACUCGUAAAAAUUCAGGCUUUGAAAGACGUCUCAAACAUACUGGACUAAUUUUAGAUGCAAAGUCAACUUUACAUUUACUAAGAAAAUUUUUACAACCAUUUGUUAAUCGUGAUUUCGAUCAACUUAUAAAAAAGUAUAUGGAUGAUUUCAUUCUACUGGCUGUGAAUAAUAUUCGUGGUGUAUUAGGUGAACAAUCUGUAACUGAAACUGACUUGAAUAAAUUUCGUCAAAGUUUAGUCCGUCGGGUCGCCUUACGUUAUUUCCCUGAACGUCUUACGAAGAAUUCUAUUAAUCAUCAAGGAACUAGAAAUAAUUCUACUCCAGAAACUGGUGACAACAAGCCCGAAAAAUCAGAUUUGAUUAUGCAGUCAAAAAUAAAUUCAUGUACUGCUCCUCCUUCGAAGUGGAUCAAUUCGAAACCGCGUUCACGUAUUCCCACUCCUGAUUCAUUAGGAUCUUCUCUAUCUUUCAAUAAUUCUCCUCAUCUUUCGCCAAUACCUGCCUCAGAUCCAAUCAGUUUCGAUAAAUCUCCACAGCUUAAUAAUGAUAUUACAGACCCAACGGUUGUCAAAACCUUUCGAACUGUACAUUCAACUUUACAUAAUCCAAUCUCACGAAACAAUGAAUCACAUUAUAGUUUAAGAAAUGUAUCUAAUCAUUCAUCACUUGGAAAUGUACGUAAAAGAUUACAUCCAUCCAAUUGUUCACAAACUCCAGUUUCAUAUGACACAUCUAAAUUUAACAAUAACGAUAAUCUUUUAAUUAAUACUGAAUCAUUCACCAAUUCAGACUGUGAUAUUAAUGGUUUACAAGGAAAAUCUGCCAGUUUACCAUUUUCAUCUCAUUCACCUUCAUCAGCUUCAUCAAGUUCUACAGUUGGAUUUUUUCAUGAUUCAUUUAGUUCAGAUAGUGAAGGAACAUUAAUCAGUUCAUCGAAUGUUAAAUUAUCAGAACAAACUAAUGCACAGAUCAAUAAAUCAUCAACUUAUGAAUUUCAUUAUUCACCUAGUUUAUUAUCAUCAACUACAAAAACUAAUUCCAAUGUUCCAAUUCACAAACUUAAAUCAAAAUCAUCAAGAAGUCGUAAAACUCCAUGGUGGGAUAGAACACGUGGAAAAAAGUCCAAAUCCAAGGUUACUAAUAAUAAUAAUAACAACACUAAAUAUAAUGAACAUCACAAAGAUUUAAUCGAUGAAAAAAAUUCACUAACUCAAAAUCGAUUCAUCAAUACUCUGUCCAACAUCAAUAUCGAUGAAGAUCUCUUGCAUAAUACAAAUCAAAAAAUUGAUGCUAACUGUAAUAAUACUCGUAAAAAUACAUCAUCACGCCUAUCCAGAAAAAAAAUCAUUACAAUAAAAAAUACUGUAAAUAAUUUUACUAUCAAAAAUGGCAAUGUCAUAAAGUUUACAUUUGAUCAAAACACACUUUUUGCAUUGGGCUCAUCAGCAAAUACAUGGCUUGGUAUGGGUACUGCACGUGGUCGUAUUUACAGUAAACAUCCAGAAUUAUUUCGUUAUAUUUGUGAUAAUGAAGAUAAAGCAUGGCUUGUUCAAACUGGUCUAAUUAUAAGUCAUGGUGUAAAAGCAUAUUUAGUUCAUGCUGAACAAGUACAACAAAUUGCUAGGCAACAAGUUAAUUCAUAUUCAUCAAAAGUUAAUAUAGAAAAAUUGAGAACUUUCAAACUACCUCAUUGGUUUCUACAAAAAGUUAAAUCUGUUGCAUCUCGUCAUUCAUCUUUCACCCAUAUCAUGUCAACCGAACUAGUAGAAUCCACGAAUAAUGAAACAACCAAGCAUAAACAGAAUAAUUCUUCAUUAGUUGAUAAACAAUUUACUUCUUCUUCAUCAUCUUUUUCAACACUGUCUACGUCUCAAUCAGACAUUGGUCAAUCCAAAUUGGACAAUUUGAUGACUUUAUCAAAUCCAUUGGAAAUGAAUCCUUAUACUACUACUAGUCAUCAUGUGAAGAAAAUUCAACAUGCUCCAACUACCGUAUCCCUCUCCUUGUCAUCAUCCUCUUCAUCUGCCUCAUCUAAAUAUUCUUUGGCUACAUCAUCGUCAAUCCAAGAAUACCAUGACACAGAUCAUAGUCAAAACAGUAAUAAUAAUAAUAAUAAUUCUCAAUUAAACCAUCAUUGUACCAAAUCAAAUCGGAAAUCAAUCAAUUAUCAUUCAAAAACUCAAUCUAUUGACAUAAAUGAUGAGAAUAGCAAUAAUCAUUUGAUGGAUACAAUUCAAUCACAGCCUAGUCCUAACCCACCGACAUUGGAACGAUUUGAUUAUACUACUAAUAGAUAGUUAUGAUAAUGUUCACAUUUCUUCACUUUCAAUUUCAUACUUAUGUCUUUCAAGUUUAUUUAUUGAUCCAAACCACUCACUCACUCACUCACUCACUUGUUGUUGCUACUUCUUUUUCUUUUCUAUCCCCCCCCCCGCCCAAUAAUCUUAUUUCUAAGAUAUUUUUUUUGUGUCGACAAUUCACAUUUCACAUUUCUUUUCAUUACGUAAUGUGAUUUCAUAGUGCUCUAUGGAAUUAUUUGAUAACAAGAAAAAACAAACUAUUAUUAUUGUAUU